AUGAUUCCGGGCACUCUAACCGUCGCCCUAGCGGCCUUUCUGUUCCUGGCCUCUGCCUUGGCAGAUGUAGGACCCUAUUUCGAUUCUGAAUUGUACGAACAGGGUAGACUGGGAUCAUGGCCCAUUGAGACAUAUCGUUCGACUUCCACCGUAGGGGCAGCCGUCAACUUUCUGCAGUAUGGGCCACAAUGCAGAGAUGACAAGUAUUACUUCAUCUCUCCGCGCGGGUAUAGCGUGCAUAAACCCGGGCCGAUGAUCCUAGACCACAAGGGUCGCUUGAUCUGGACGAAGCCCUACGGCCACACCUACAACUUCAAUGUCUACAACUAUAAGGGCCAGGAUUAUUUGACGUUCUGGGUGGGCGACGACGGUAAGGUGGGACACGGCGAGGGCACAUACUACAUGCUAGACUCCUCGUACCAGGAAGCUUUCACCCUCAGUGGUGCGAAUGGGCUUGCAGCAGAUCUUCACGAGUUCCACAUCACCCUCGACGAGACUGCAGUUUACACCAUCUAUGACAUCCGCCCGGCAGAUAUCCGGGUCGCUGGCGGUCCUGAGAAUGGCUGGAUCUGGGAUGGCACGUUCCAGGAAGUUAACAUUGAGACGAACGAGCUCCUCUUCGAAUGGCGAGCCUCCGAACACUUCGACAUCGCCGACGUCUAUCGAGGUCGCGAAGGCUCAGGGGAGGAUAAGGAACGCCCGUGGGACUAUUUCCACAUCAACAGCAUCGACAAAGACGCCAAAGGCAAUUUUCUUGUCUCAGCCCGCUACUGCAACUGCCUGAUCUAUAUCGACGGUCACACAGGCGGAACUAUCUGGACUCUAGGCGGCAAGCGAAGCAAUUUCACCGAUCUUUCAGACGGCGCAGCUACUAAUUUCACCUGGCAACACCACGCCCGCUUCCGCGACAAUGGCACAGCAAUCACCCUCCUUGACAAUUCGUCUCGCGGCAGAGGCGCACCCCAGUACCCAAGUCGAGGCCUCUACCUCGACAUCGACGAAACCAACAUGACCGUGCAAGUCCGACACGAGUACUGGAACGAAUACCCGAUCAAAAGCCAAUCCCAAGGCUCCAUCCAAAUCCUCGACAGCGGCAACGUCCUAGUCGGAUACGGUUUCAGCGCCGCAUGGACAGAAUUCAGCAUGGACGGCGAAGUCCUCUGCCACGCCCACUUCGCACCCGGACGAGACUUCCACACAGGCAAAGUCGUCUCCUACCGCACCUUCAAACACCCCUGGGUCGGCAAGCCGAACACCCUUCCGGACUUCGAAGUAUACGCCUAUCGCGCCGCAGCCAGUUGGAACGGCGCCACAGAAGUCUCACAUUGGGUCUUAGAAGGCACCAACGAAAAGAUCUCAGAAACAGCACAACCCACCUUCCUAUCCGCCGUUCCGAAAGACGGCUUCGAGACAGUAAUCCCCAUCCCGAACGACGCAAAAUAUAAGUACCUACGCGUCCGCGCCGUUAGCGCAAGAGGCGAGACCCUUGCCGCUAGCAAGUUGGCAAGAUGGGACCCUACUUCCAACGAAGCAGUCGUCGUGAGUGGUGAUAGCAACGAUCCCUUCUUUGGCGACAGUGACAAAAUCUAUGUCAUUUUCAUAUUCCUCACGAUUGCGCUGUUCUCCACGGCAGCGAUCGGCGCGUUUCUAUGGUUCGGCGUCAAGAAGGGCUAUCUUGUGUCGUGGUUACGGAGCCGUCGACGGGACGAAAAAGAUAAGGAACGCGGGAACUUCCAGCCUUUGAAGCGCUUCGGUGGAGAUGAGGAACUGAGUGAUGUAGAGGUGGAGGAUAGUGUUGAGUUUUCGGCGUUGUUGGGAGAUCAGUUGUUGGGUUCGGGGCCGGAUGUGGAGAGGGCGGGGAGUAUGGAUGUUGUUAGGAGGUGA